AUGGAGGUCAACGGCGCUCGCGCUGCUGCUGACCUCGGGCUCGCUGCAGCGCAUGCCGAGGUGGCACGGCUGAACACCCAGCUGAUGGCGCAGAAGGACAAGUUCGUCGAGCUCCUCGAGUCCGUCGAGCUCGUGUCUGGAGGCGACCGUGAGCUGGUCGAUCGGCUGCUGGCAGCGGUGCCCUUUUUGAGCAAGAUGCUGGCCGGCCAGGUGCUCCUGUUGGAGGAGCUCGGGUACGGCUCCGCAGGCGACGCAGCUGUGGAGGAGGUGGACGCGUGCCCGUCGAAGGUGUGGCCUUUGGCGGUGGAGCCCGCCAGCGCUACUGCCGCCAUGGUGGUGCUGGAGGCCCAGGUGGUUGGAGGAGAGGCGGAGGCGAUUUCCCCGACAUCCUGCGUGGAGCAGGAGGCCCAGGUGGUAGGUGGAGUGGCCCUCGGCGAGAUGAUAGACCCUAGGGAGUCCGUCGGCAUGUCGCAGUCCGUGCAGCAGGCCAGCAACCACAUGAUCGAGAAGGCGCACGUCGAGGUCGUCGGCGCUGGCCCGCACGUGCACCCGUGCGUCCUGGUCGUGGCGAACUCGUGCAUGGUGGAGGCUUCGGCUUGGUUGGACGGCUGGUGGCCGCUGCUGGGGGACGAUCCCUAUGGAGAAACGUCUUGCUUCCUCGAAGCCCUGUAUGAGGACGACCUGGAUAGGAACUGGGAGGAGAUGGUCGCCGAGAUCAACGCGAGCAUCAGGCCCAUGCCCACCAGCUACCUGACCAGGAGCAGGGACUUCGGGGCUUUCGUGCAGCACCCGCCUUCAUGCCUGUGUAUUUCGUGCUUCCGCUCGUGCUGUCGCGAUGAAGCUGGAGACAGUGGGCGUGCUGUUCCUCGGUGUCUACGUGCGGGCAUCCUGCGGAUAGGCGCCACGAUUCUCAAGCCGAAGGCGACGGUCAAGGUGCGCGGGCAGGCGGGCAUGGUGUCGGCGUGGCCCUCGCACCCGCUGGAGCUGCCCGAGCGCCUGGGCCUCGCGCAGGCGGUGGCAGAGCGCGCGGCCGCGCCUGGCACGGAGGCCGCGCUCCGCGCCGGCGCGCUAGCUGCGCUGGGCCACGAGGUCCUCGACCGGGGCGGCAUCCUGGGCGUGCGGAGCGAGGGCACGGCGCGCUGCGCGGUGGUCGUGGCCGCCAGCGAGGGCGACGUGCCGUCGGCGGCGUGCGAGGCGGCGGCGCUGCUGCUGAAGGGCCACUCCGUCAGCCUGGCGGCGCCCCGCGGCGCCGCGCUGGCGGCCGCCGAGGCGGUGGCGGAGGGGCUGCCGCAGGAGCUGCUGCAGGCGGUGGAGUGCGGCGACCCGCUCGCGCUGCCGGAGGCGGUGCACACCGUGCGCUUCGUCGGGGGCCCCACGGCCUCCGAGCUGUGGUCCGAGCGUCGGCCGCCGCGCGACUACGGCGGCCGCGGCGGUGGACGCCGACGUGCCCGUGGCGCCGGGGCUGGCCAGGCCCCGGUGGGCCCGGAGCCCCUACGACCGCGGGCUGGAGGAGAUCCACGACCUCCUCGAUCUCCUGUGGGCGUUUCGGGAGCCCUUCGAGGGCACGGACGGCCGUCCUGCGAUCGCGCUCGCGGCAGCGUGCAAGCACGUGGUCCUCACGGCCGAGGACAUCUCCGAGGAGGUCGCGAAGGCCGCGGCCGUCUCCGCCAUUAGGGGCCCCUUCUGCGAGCCCGUCACGCUGCACCUCGUCGGCCUCGGGCCGCGCGCCCUCGCGCGCGACCCGCUGCGCGGCUUCUGCCGCCUCGUGCAGAGCGGGCGGGGCGGCCUCGCGUGGGCCGUGCGGGAGCACGCGGCGCUCCCGGACCUGUUCUCCGCCUUCCGCGACGGGCGCGGGGACGGCGCGGAGGGCGCCCCCCCGAUGCUCUUCGGGUGCCCGCCCUCCUGUGGCCGGGACGACGCGCUCGAGCUGCGCCGCCUCUGCGCCCGGGCCGGGGGCGUGCUGUGGCGGGAGCUGUUCGCGCCGGAGCCGCUGGAGCAGCUGCGCCGCUGGACGCGCCCGGUGGCGCUGGCCCCGGAGGCCUCGGGGGCGGCGUCGCGCCCGCGCCUGCGCCUGGACCUCGUUGGCCCGCGCGCGGAGCUGCUGCGGCCUCUGGCGGCGGAGCCGGACGACUGAGGGCCCCUGCCCGGCGGAGUCGCUGCCGGCCCCUGCCGGCGGAGCUGCAGCCGUCGAACAGACGUGCAUCACUCUCCUCCUCGUCCUCCUCCU